AUGUCCUCUCGUCGGGAAGAACCUGACGGAGAUGUCCCAAUGAAGGGACCAACAACGCCAUCUGUCCGGAGUCAGGCUGUUUGGGAAGAGGAGCUUGGAGGGCUCUUCUCAGCUUUGCCCAUUGUCCUAGAUGAGGAUGAGUCCAAAGAGAAAGAGCGCAACGCUUGUCUUGAGAAAAUCAGGAAGUCCAUUGCAUCUAGGUUCAUGGAGAUUGAAGAUGCUCGGGCUACGGACAAGGAGAAGCGUGAUGCUCUCUUUGAAGGCUUCGAGACUCAUGUAGCAAGGCUGAAGGAGAUUCAUGGUCGGGAUCUUGAAUUUGCUCCGUGGCCAGCCUUAUCGCCGCAAUGUCUGAAAUUGGAGACCACGGAUGACAAUGUACCUGCCAAGCGGAAGGGGUCAAAUGCCAGUCUGAAGUCCACAAGUUCCACAGAGAAGUCUGACAUUGCUCCCCAUGAAUUCUUCUACCUAUGCAAAGACAGCACUGUUUGGACAGUUGUCCAGGUGGAGGAUCCACAUCAGGGUUAUCGCAACUACCUGGCCACCAAUGAAUGGUGGACAUUUAAGACAGCGUUCAGCCAGUGGUACACCAAGAACUGGUGCGUUGUCGCGGCUGAGAUUGCCGAAGACUUAGGUACUCCGCAAAAGCUCGUACAAGGGAACCAUUUCAAGUGGUUGUUUGAGAAGAAGAUUCCAAGACACUUUGGAGAUGACCUGUCUUUAAUCCUGGUCCUGAUUGGGCUGUUUCGUCUCCGUGGUGAGCAAGCCUGGAAGGGAAAUGAAGCUUUGCAAAAGCUCACCAAAAGCUUGGUUCACUGCUUUUGUCAACACUGUGAGGUGGCCAUUGAAGCUGCGAUGCAGAAGAAGUGUCCUGACCCGACAGUUUCGAGUCGGAAUCACCCAUUCCUCAUGUCGUCGAGAAGGAAGGGGUCAAAGGCAUUGUCUUUGGCUUUGGUCUCUCGAUUCUGUUGUCGUGGUGGUGGAUUUGUAUCAUCCAAGUCUGAGUUGACUCUACAAGACUUGAACAUCGUGCCCAAGAACAGCAGCCUGAGUUCCAAGACUAUGUCUGAGUUUGUGUGCCGAGCAUUGCUAACAACUUGCAAUUUCUGCUCGCAGUACAUUGAGUCGGCCAGACUGAAAGUGAUCAAUCUGGCAAUGGAUGGUGCCAGUGUUGGUGGUGAAUCUGUGUUAGCUGUGAUCCUGCGCUUGAAUGGGCAUCAUUUGGCUGCCCCCACACAAUUGCUACCUGCCGGUUCUGACCCUGGACAGACUGAGCCAGCGUUGGCAACCUUCACUGAGGCCAUGAAGGUAGCUGGAACAACUCCUGAGGGUCAGGUGGUCAAGAUCCCCAAGACGUUGUUUGACUGGAAAGAAUAUCGCCAAGCCACAAAGGCUUAUUUGGCUGCUCUCGCAAACAGCCUUCGAAACAUGCUUCCUACGGGAUGGAAUCUUUCCAAGUGCAUUCCACAGAACAUUUUGACCCCCUGUGGACGUGGUUCUGACCGCCUUCCCAUGAUUGCUUUUGAGAAGGAGAUGUUUCGGUGUGAUGAUGACAUGGAAUUAUUCUUCAACUAUGACUGGAACACCUUCACAGCCCAGCCGCAGUUCUAUUUGGACGAGUCCUUCCACAGACUGAUCUAUAGUGCUGAUGAGGGUACAGAAGAAGCUAGCCAGUAUAAUUAUUAUGGCUUUCUCGCAUUUUUACAUCUUGCGAACAGCCAUGCAUAUUGCCUGAUUUGGCCGGACGUAUUUCAUAGAGUGUCUCGGCGAGUUGCUGCAGCACUGGGUCACCAUUCGUGUCUGGAAAUCAAGGGUUUGCUCAAGAAAGCAAUGAAACUAUUCAGAUUUGGCCGGGCUCCCUUCAACACUGGCCGAUUUGGACAAAAAAUCAUGGAAUCCAGGCAAGAGCUCUUGGCUGCUCUCAAGGAUGGCCGUGCAGAUGAGCUCAUGGAGAUGUGGAUUUCUGGGGUUGCCCGAGAUCGAGGAGCCAACGUAUUGGCAGAUGACAGCAAUCAGAACAAGUUGCGGUCUGUCAUCAUUGUGAUGAAGCCACUUCGUGAGUACUUGGGACGGACUGAUGCAGAGAUGCAGCGAAAGCCCAACGCGUCUGUCUCACAGGUGGUUUAUUUGGCAAGUGGCCGCACUGUUCAGAAGCUUUUGUCGACCACAAUCUCCGAAUCAGUGAGGCUCAAAAACCUUGAGUACAUUGGCGCUCUUGAGACAGAUGAGGAGGGUCAGGAUUUGCUUCGCCUACAUUCACAUUUGUUGCUCUCCACUUUGUCAGCCACAUGCGACCUGGAUGCCACCCACCGAGCACUUCCCUGGCGCACAGCUUGUGCUCUUGACAGGAGUCAGCUUUCAUCAUUGCUAGAGUUCAUGCAAAACGAGUGGACCUUUGUCAAGACUGUCAUUGACCCAUUGGACUCAAAGGAUGUGUUGUGGAAGGUAUUUUCCCACACUAGAUGGCAAAUCUACAGAGAUGUUCUCACGAAAGCAGAGCAUUUUGGAUUUGAUGCAUCCAAAGUGGCAGCAGGACACACGAGUACAAGACCGUUUCUGGACUCUGUGCGUGUUGCCCUGGGGCUAUCCUCCAAAGAUGAGAAGAGUUCUGACAGCCUGCUCAGUAGCCUGCACUGCGAACUCCUGUUCAACGACAUGCGCGACGCCUGCAGAAGACACCGAAAGGCUGAGUGCCAAGCUGCUGGAAACUUUCACUCCAUUGCCAUGAAGUCAGUGGCAACUCGUGCAAGUGGGUGCUCAACUGUGGCAGUGGCAGAUUCUGAUUGGGCCCAGGCCAUACCCAAGAAGCAGGUACAAUCUCAGGUACAUUCAGCCCUCAGACUAUCAGACAGGACACUCGGCAUACCGACAGCAGGUCUGACAAAGUGCAAGGCUCCGUUGUUGACGAAACCUCACAUCCUUUGCCAGCGGCUUCAGCUCUUGAAGAUUUUGCAGCGAACCUUCCAGAAUACGAUGGCUCAACCGAGGAGAAAAAGGAGGCUGCGCUGGCUGUCUAUCAUGAUCUCUGGGUGA